UGCGUUCCAGGCAACCUGUAACCCGUAACUCACGACUUCAAAACCACGACUCACGACUUUGAACUGGGAGUACAUCGAUCUAGUACGAGUUCACGGGUGGGAAGUCACGGGUUUGACUGCCGUUCCAGAGCACUUUCACCGGUAGAAGGUUGUAAAAACACGAGUUACAGGCUGCCUGGAACGCAUAGGGUCGUGAGUCGUGGUUUUGAAGUCGUAACUCACGGGUUUAAAAACCUGCCUGGAACGCACCAUUAUAUUCCGCGUGAGUUGUGAAGAAUGUACCAGCAAAUACAGCAGAAGUAAGAUAUGGACCGACAGCAGCAACAUUCAGAUCAACGAUCAUAUCACUUUAGAACUCUUAAAUACUGUGGUUAAAUACACACUUUUUAGACAUCACCCGCAGAAUGCUGUUAAGGUUACACUGAAACAGAGGAAGGCAAGUGUAUGAAGGUCAUGCAUGUCGCUUGGCCUAUAGCCUGUGCUGAGUAAAUCCUGAACCCAGUUGCGCUACAGCACAGGGAAGGGAAAGUGAGCGUGCUUUCUGACUCGAACCCAGCCCUGCUGCUCCAUGUUUCCUAUGCUAACCCUUCUGAGCAUGUUUUACUAUAUCUGUCUGCGGCGGCGCUCCAGGAGCGGGACGCGGAGUGAGGCAUUGGGCAGUCGGCGGGCCGUGGAGCUGGGCCAGCGUUCGGCACUGCCCGUCACAGUGGAGGUGGAGCAGUAUGGCAAGGAGGUCCUGGACUUCAGCUCUCACUACGGCAGUGAAAACAGCAUGUCUUACACCAUGUGGAACCUAGCGGGUGUGCCUAACGUCUACCCUAGCUCAGGAGACUUUACUCAGACGGCCGUGUUCCGGACUUAUGGAGGUUGGUGGGGGCAGUGUACGAGCGCCUCACCUCCUUUCUGCCGUACACCAUCCAAUUUCCACAGCCAGGAUUUCCUGGAGCUGGCCUUCGAGGAGCCUGUCUAUCCCACGGCUGUGGAGGUGCUGGAGACUUACCACCCUGGGGCAGUUGUCAAGAUCUUGGCAUGCUCACUCAACCCAUUCUCCCAAAACCCACCAGCUGAUGUUAGGUGGGAGGUCCUGUGGGCCGGUAAGCCCACCAAAGCUCUGACCCCUCAAGCUCGCCAGUUUUCACCCAGCAUCAGGCAGAUCAGCUUUGCCACCAAUCUGCUGCGACUGGAAGUGAACAGCUCUCUGUUGGACUACUACACAGAGCUGGAUGCGGUGAUCCUGCGUGGUGUUCGGGAGAGACCCAUUUUGGCCCUUUAUAAGAUCCCUGUCAUUGACAUCAGUGAUCUGAGUGACAGCGAAGAGGAGAUCAGUGAUGUUGGAGGCCUCUGCUGCAGGUCAGGUGGAGAAAACAAGCACAACCUGGGAAACGGCUACUUUGAUAGACUCCCUUAUGAGCUAAUCCAACUGAUUGUAAGUCACCUGGCGUUUCCAGACUUGUGCCGAUUGGCUCAGAGCUGCAAGCUCUUUCACAAGCACUGUUGUGACCCGCUGCAGUACAUUCAGCUGAGCCUGCAGCCGUACUGGGCCCGGCUCACCGAUGCCUCCCUGUGCCACCUACAGAGCCGCUGCACACUCCUGCAGAGGCUAAACAUGUCCUGGACGGGCAACCGCGGAGCUGUGACAGCCACUGGGUUCUGCAGCUUUGUAAAGGCCUGUGGGCUCAGUCUGGUGUGUUUGCAGUUGUCAUGCUGUCAUUUCCUGACUGAAGCGUGUUUAGAGGUGAUCGCCCAGAUGUGUCCGUCCCUGCAGGAGCUGAAUUUGGCUUCCUGUGACCGUCUGCAUCCUCAGGCCUUCAAUCACAUCGCCAAACUCCCUAAACUGCGCAGACUUGUGCUUUAUCGCACCAAAGUUGAGCAAUCAGCCAUGUUAAGCAUCCUCACAUUCUGCCCAGAGCUCAGGCACCUUAACCUGGGAAGUUGUGUAAUGAUCGAGGACUACGAUGUAGUAGCGAGCAUGCUCAGUGCACGCUGCCGUUCCCUGCGCUCUCUCGACCUGUGGCGCUGCAGGAACCUGAGCGAGCGUGGGCUAGCGGAGCUGGUUACGGGGUGCAGGCUGCUGGAAGAGCUGGACCUGGGUUGGUGCUCCACGCUUCAGAGCAGCUCCGGCUGCUUCCAGCAUUUGGCCCGUAGCUUGCCACGCCUUCGCAAGCUCUUCCUCACCGCCAACCGUACUGUGUGUGACUCCGACCUGGAGGAGCUGGCUGCUAACUGCAAUGCACUGGAGCAUCUUGAUAUACUGGGCACGCGGAUGGUGAGCUCUGCCUCUCUGCGGAAAUUACUGCAGUCCUGUCCUCGGCUGAAGCUGCUGGAUGUGUCCUUCUGCUCCCAGAUCGACUCUCGCGUUGCCCAGGAGCUCAGUGGCCUUUUCCCCAAUGUGUCCAUAAAGAAGAGUUUCACUCAGUAAAACUCGAUCUGUCCUGUGGCAGGAGCAGAUUCAAAUGGUUCAUAUGAUUCUCAAAGACCUUGGUUAGUAAGUGUCCGGGGGGGCAUUCUGGUGCUGUGAACUUAGACAUGCUGUCUUGAACUGAACAGAGCUAUGAACUGCCACAUAGAGGAACCGUUUCGAAGAUAUUAUGGAUGUCUCAUUGUAUAUUGAAUCACACAUUUCACAAGACCUCAGUUUUUGAUCUUAAUCUCAGGGUUUUAUUUUUAAGAGACAAUUGUAACAUGCUUUACAACUGCCGAAUAGUUUUGUUUUAAGCGUACUUAUUCAAGUGUAAGAGGCUCAGUACCAAUGUUUUUAUUUCCUUUGUAAUUGUGUUGAAUAUUGUAAAAUAAUAUAAUAAUAACAUGCUCUAAUUUAAUUAUUUAUUCAUAUAAUUUCAGGGCCACAUUGACUUCAAUCGUGGGCACAAAAAUCUUAUUUGGCAAUACUUUGUGUGAAGUUUUGCCCAUGAUUGAGUCAAUACUAUUAUGCACAUAUGAUCUCAACAGGGCAAGAACUAAAGUUUAAGCUUAUGUCUGUUGUAAAACGUACAUUUCCUUUCACACAGGUGCAUGGUAACUGGUACUGUAAAUAACAUAUUCUUGUGCCUUAGGAGAAAAGUGCUUUGUAUGUUUGUGGGUUGUCUUUAUUGUGCUAUGCUAUAUUGUCAUUUGCCAAAAUCACCCUAAACCAAAGGGAUUUUUUAAAGCAAAAAAAAAGAAAUAGUUUGAAGUGAAAUUGGAGAAAUUAUUUGAGUGCUUUUGGUGUAAAAAAAAGUUUUCUUUUAUCAUUUUUUUUUUAAUUUGCGGUAUGUCUAUUUACUAAAAUUAUAUCAUUAACUAAAAAUGGAAGUAAAAUGGAAGCUACCUUAAAGAGUAUACAGACGGUAUUUAUGUUCAUUUGACGCUGUACUGAGUUACUUCCUUUAUGGUAAUUUUGAAAAUUUUAUUAAAUUUGUGCCAUUUAAAUGCAGAUGGCUUUUAGCAUUGUUUCAGAUCUGAGAAUGACUCAUGAGGUCUUGGUUCAAUAAAGUGAGGCUUAAUAACAUUUUGCAGUUAUUGUUUUUUUAUGUUCUCUUUGUAAGAAAAAAAUCUGUUUUAGUGCUUGCAGAGCCUUUCAACUAUUUAAGGACAAAGGGAAUCUCCAACCAGUCUGGUAAACUAAAAUUCAGAAUUUCUCUGGCAGAAGUUUAACGGCAUAUUAAUAUUGAAUCUGGUAGUGACAGUCUCAUUGGACUAACAGUGAUGUAAUGAAUUGUUUAUGUCUAUUUUAAUGAUGGACCAAGGAGCUCUAAUGUGCCCUGAGGACCUGGAGGAUGCAGUUAAUUAGAUGAAACGAUUUCUUGAUUUCUGUGCUACUAUUGAUAGCCGCUUCAUGCAGACCUCACGCAGACAACUGUCAUUACACCCUUGUAAAUACAUCGAAAGUACAACCCAUAAUAGCACUGGCUGUGUUUGGAGGCUGUAAUUUAGAUGUGGCAGUGAUCUGCUACAAUGGUUUUAGCAUCAAUAUGUGUUUUAUCCUCCUGUUUUCGUACACCUUUUUUUACAGGAACCAUCUCAGAUAUAUAUCUAUGUAUGUGUAUAAUAGCUUCAUCUACUUUUGUAAGCUUUGGUAUUUGGCUUCACUUUACUUUUCUCAGGUCUGUACUAUUAAACCAAAAUAUUUCGGACAUUUUACAAAAAUAAUAUUUUUAUCACUGUCCCAUAUUAAAUGUAAAAAUGCACACAAAAAUUAGCAAUUAACGCAAAUUAUU